GUAAAAAGGGUUCUAACUUGCUGGAGAGAAAUGGCGACUUUCAAUGAAAAAAAGACUUGCAGCCAACGCAUGGAAAACUUUGGACGCUUUCUAUGGAAUCCAGAUACUUCAGAGUUUAUGGGAAGAACAUUUGCUAAGUGGGUGUACAUCAGUCUUUACUAUGCUGCAUUCUACGUAAUUAUGAUUGGAAUCUUUGCACUCUCUAUAUAUUCCCUGAUGAAAACUAUGAACCCAUUUGUACCAGAUUAUCAGGAUGAACUGAAAUCGCCAGGUGUGACAAUGAGACCGGAUCCCUAUGGCGAUGAAGUUAUUGAACUCUUUUAUAACAAGGCUGAAAACUCAACAUACCUCCCACUUGUAACCAGUCUGUGUGACUUUCUCUCAGUUUACAACAAAACAGUUCAAGAAAAGAUGAACGCAAACUGCUCUGACAAUACAAGAAUGUCUUGUGCUAACCCCAAAGAGAAUUCUAAGUCCUGCCAGUUUACUACAGACAUGCUGGGGAAUUGCUCUUGGGAGCAUGAUCACACGUUUGGCUAUAAAUCUGGAACGCCGUGUCUUUUUAUAAAGAUGAACAGGAUAAUAAAUUUUGUUCCAGGUAACAAGACAGUUCCUCUUGUGAACUGUUCAGCUGAGCACGGAGAUCUUGGAGAUGUACAUUACUAUCCAGGCAAUGACACUUAUGGGACAAUUGGCUUUCAGUACUUUCCAUAUUGUGGAAAGAAAAUGCAGCCCAACUACACCAAUCCUUUGGUAGCAGUGAAACUGCUUAAUCCACCACUAAACAAAGAACUGAGUGUAGUUUGUAAAGUUUCUGGACAUGGCAUCACCUCGGACAACCCACACGACCCCUAUGAAGGAAAAGUAUCAUUCAAACUUAAGAUAGAAGAUAAACCUGGUUCAUCUAGUGCAAAUUAAGUCAUUCUAAGAAUUACCUGGGAAUCACAAUAUCCUACAAUAAAACAACAAGCAGUGCUUCUGUCCUUGUUAACCUGAAGAAAACAAUGGACCAAUCAUUUCACAUCGUUUUCCAUGUAACAGUCUCAGAUAGGGAGCAACCAGAAUGUUUUUCACUUGCAAGCACUGAUAUAUUAUUAUUUUGACAUGAAUGUCAGAUCUCAAAUACUUAAGGUAAAGUAAUGUCAUAUUAAAAUGUAUAAAUAUAUGCAAUACUCUCUUUUUGGUUGGGUUAUGUUCUAUACUUCCAAUGUUUAAUGGAAGUUCUAAACUGCUGCGGCCUUUGUGUAAAAGUAGAUAUACGGAAACCUUUUACACAAGCUCCCCUAAAAACUUAAAUGGUAACAAAGACAGGGCAGAUAUGAUGCGUUGAUACUUUAUAGGCUUCUUUAAUUAAACAAUUCUUUUUUUUUUUAUUUCAUGUUACUAUACCAACCACUAUAGCAAUAUUUCCCUUAGGAACUGAUUUAAUAUUAUAUACCAUGGGGUUAAUUCUCUAAACAUGUGUAUAUGUUUUUUCUGAUAUAACCUAUAAUAACCAAAACUUUAUUUUACUUUGUCUUAAUGCACUUGGCCAUUCAGAGAUAAUUGCUGAUUGGUUGCUAUGGCAUAGAUUCCUAAAUUGUAUAUAUUUUGAUAAGCACAACACUUGUCAGAUAAAUACAAGCCCUUCGUCUCCAUGUAAAAAAGGGGUAAACAAAGGAUCAAAAUAUUGGACAUGUAUUUGAAGGAUGAAGAAGGUUGUAAGAUCUAGAGACAUUUUUAUUGUCGACAUUUUGAUUCAGCAACGAAGUGUAAAGGGUCUUGUGGAAACUGAACUGACACUGUAUAUGAAAAUGCAUUUUGCUGUGCAUCUGUUAAAUAAACAGUUUUAAAACUGG